AUGUUACUCGUUGUGAUAUACUGGGACUUGCUUUUUGGUUGCAAUGGUGAAAAUAUCGAUUUGAAUUUACACGUUGAUCGAGAAAAUUGGCUUGAUCCGAAUGAUCCUUUUGCAUCACCGUUAUUGUGCACGAAGAACACUCUUGAUGAAUUGGCAGUCUGUCAGGAAAAUCUGAAGAAAUGUUUGAAAGGUAGCAAAGUAUUUGAAGAUCAUGCUGAAAAUCAUUAUGUUUAUGAUUCGACGCUAAAACAUAUUAUACGGAAUUUCCUACAUCGUAUGAAUGUUGAAAUUGAUACGACAAAGCGCGUUGACCGGACUGUACAGAUAUAUUUAAAUGCCGAGAGUUUAGCUGUACUGAAGAAGUAUUUGAACUCUAAAGAUGAAACAGUUACUGUGCGUGAACAAGUUCGAGAAGUUCUGGAAGAAAUGAUUGUUCCGCAGCACUAUGAGGAUAUAUCAUUUGUGAAGCGUGCCUCCGAUAUGAUCAUAGCUUUUUUACCCCUGUUGAAUGCUGUAUUAUUGGUGCCAGCUUUGCUAAUUCUCUAUCGUAAUCGCUUCUCUAUACCUAGGAUGGCACGUGCUGAAAAGUCACUUACUGAAAAAUGUAAAACAGAUAAUUUCUUGUCCACUGCUAUAAAUGUCGUGUCGAGAUUAUUCGUCUUUAAAGGAGAAAACGAAUGUGAACAACAUUACAAGGAUCUGUAUGUUGACCCUAUAUAUGAAAUUGCACCAUUGGAUGUGAUUUGCGAGGUCUUGUCAAAUUUCAUAUUCACUUCUCUUAGUGUAUUUGGACGUCAUUUUAAUGUUUUUUGUAAUGAAUUUUUCCGUGAUUGUCCAUUGCACCUUAUUAUCAUGAAGAUAAUAACUUUCUUUUUCCUCUUUAUCGUAUUUCUUUUCUGGCUCGGUGGUUAUCGAAUACGUACCUUCAUGACUGCAGUAGAGCCUGCUGGUACCACCACUCAUACAAUAUCGCAGAUGCUGCAGCUAUCUGAUUAUCGAUCUAGUGAGGAACAACAGCAAAUAGAAGCUUUAAAAUCAAGGACUGUGUUGUCAACACUGCCAGUUGGCUUACAACCGAUUCGUAAUACAGUUUCCAGUAAUACUAGGCGCCGUUCAUUGAGUGUAUCUCGUUUAAGCACAACAGAUCACUGGUAA